AACAUGGACGACCUGGUAAUGCAGCAAAGCCCGUGAUAGAACUGGAGGGACGAUUAUAAAAUAAGACAAAACUUGCAGGGAGGGCUGCGAUUGCAGCCGGGAGAGAACAGGCAAAGAUGCCCUCUCCGUCUUUUACCCUCGAUGCCCAACUAAGGUUCCAUGACAAAUGGCUGAAAAUUGACUUGCAGCGUGUAUUCUCCCCAGAAGGGCUGAGCGAGAUGUGGAAUGAGAUGGUUAAGGAUGAAGAAAUUACUUUCAAUGGAGAAGAAUCUUCUCACCAAGAAGACAGCACUGAUUGCUUUGGAACUCAGAAAAAAGAUGAGACCAACGAUAAAGAGAAGAAAGAAGAGGAGGAAGUGUCCACGUCGGUCCAUCACUCCAUCAUUGAGACAUGGGACUGGGGGCGGCAGCCAGAUGAAACCGAGCUGAAAGACUGUCUCAUGGUUCUGAUUGACGACCAGCAGAAACUGUCGGCCCAGACAGCUAAGAGCACGUUGUCUGCCCUGCGCCUGCGACAACGCCUGGUCAUCCUGGAGAGAUACCUCAUCUCCCUGAGUCACAGUAUGAUGGAAGAGAAGUACAAGGUCCGCUGGAAGAGCCCCCCCACGCCGCCGCCACCCACCAUAGACAAUAAGAGCCCACGUCCAGCCAGUAAGGGUGUAGAGGGUUUGGCCAGAGUGGGCUCCCGAGCUGCUCUCUCUUUUGCGUUUGCCUUCCUGCGACGAGCCUGGAGGUCUGGCGAUGAUGCGGACCUUUGCAGUGAGUUGCUCCAGGAGUCUCUGGAUGCUCUGCGGGCCCUCCCAGAAGCCACUCUGUUUGACGAAGGCACCGUCUCCUCUGUGUGGCUGGAGGUUGUGGAGAGAGCCACCAAGUUCCUCAGUGAUGUCCAUGGAAGUGCCAGUGCCAAAGGAAACAUCCCCCUCCAGGACCAACACCUGGCUCUGGCUAUCCUGCUGGAGCUGGCCGUACAGCGAGGAACUUUGAGCCAGCUCCUGGCUGCCGUGCUCCUCCUCCUGCGUCUUUGGGACUGUGGGACCAGGGAGAUGGACAACGAGCGCUCCACCCAGGGGACCAGUGCUCCCCUCCUACCACUUCUCCAGCGGUUCAACAGCAUCCACAGCAGCAAGGAGGAACCCAGCCCUGAGGAGGAGAUGGAGAUCCUGGGAGCCCCCCUGAGCCCCAAUGAGAGCUUCCUGCGCUACCUGACGCUGCCCCAGGACAACGACCUGGCUAUCGACCUGAGACAGACGGCCGUGGUCAUCAUGGCUCACCUGGACCGCCUGGCUGCCCCCUGUUCGCCCCCGCACUGCAGCUCGCCCAACUCCAGCAAGGGCACUCUGCAGGAGGUGAUUGGCUGGGGCCUUCUGGGCUGGAAGCUGUAUGCCAACGUGAAUGGGCCGGUGCAAUGCAAGGCCCUGUCAGGCCUGGGUGUCUCCCAGAUAGUCUGCUCUGAGAAAGGCUUCCUUAUCCUGGCCAGCAGUGGAGCUGUCUACACACAGAACUACAAGAACACCACCCUGGCCCCCAUGCUGGUCCAUGCACUGACCUCCAGGAAGAUUGUGAAGCUGGCAGCACAUCCAGACGGGCAGCACUACCUGGCCCUGUCGGCCAGUGGGGAGGUCUUCUCCUGGGGCUGUGGAGAUGGGGGUCGUCUUGGGCACGGAGACACCACGUAUCUCGAGGAGCCGGCGAUGAUCGCAAUGUUUACCGGGAAGCAGUUGGGGAAGCAGGUUGUGCACGUGGCCUGUGGGAGCACCUACAGCGCUGCGAUCACUGCUGAUGGAGAGCUGUACACCUGGGGCCGGGGAAACUACGGGCGCCUGGGCCACGGUUCCAGUGAGGACCAGACCACGCCCAUGUUGGUGACGGCACUGAAGGGACUCAAGGUGCUGGACGUGGCUUGCGGCAGUGGAGAUGCACAGACCCUGGCCGUGACGGAGAACGGCCAGGUGUGGUCCUGGGGCGAUGGGGACUACGGGAAGCUGGGCCGCGGAGGUAGCGACGGCUGCAAGACGCCCAAGCUGGUGGAGAAGCUCCAGGAUUUGGACAUGGUGAAGGUGUGCUGCGGUAGCCAGUUCUCUGUGGCGCUGACCAAGGAUGGGCAGGUGUACACCUGGGGGAAGGGAGACAACCAGCGCCUGGGUCAUGGCACUGACGAACAUGUCCGCUACCCCAAGCUGCUGGAGAGUCUACAAGGGAAGAAAGUGGUUGACAUCGCCGUGGGCUCUACUCACUGCCUGGCCUUGACCGACGAGGGGGAGGUCCACAGCUGGGGCAGUAAUGACAAGCUCCAGCACUUCGACACGCUGUUCUCCAACAAGAAGCAGCCCAAGGCUCUGCCGGGCCUCAACUCCAAACACAUCGUGGGCGUGGCCUGUGGGCCUGGACAGAGUUUCGCUUGGUCCUCCUGCUCAGAGUGGUCCGUGGGACAACGCGUGCCCUUUGUGGUGGACGUGUGCCCUGCGACCUUUGAGCAGCUAGACCUGCUCCUGCGCCAGGUCAGCGAGGGCAUGGACGGCUCUUCUGAUUGGCCACCGCCCCAGGAGAAGGAGUGCAUGGUGGUGGCCACGCUCAAUCUGCUCAGGCUUCAGCUCCACGCGGCCAUCAGUAACCAGGUGGACCCAGACGAGCUGGGCCUGGGCCUGGGCAGCGGGCUCCUCAACAAUCUGAAGCAGACGGUGGUGACACUGGCCUCCAACGCCGGCGUCCUCAACACGGUCCAGUCUGCCGCUCAGGUGGUGCUGCAGAGCGGCUGGUCUGUCCUGCUCCCCACGGCGGAGGAGAGAGCCAGGGCUCUGUCUUCACUGCUCCCCAACGCAGUGUCUGGUAAUGAGAUGAGCAUCAGUCCGGGGCGUCGCUUCAUGAUCGACCUGUUGGUCAGCAGUCUGAUGGCUGAUGGUGGGCUGGAGUCUGCUCUCAAUGCUGCCAUAACAGCUGAGAUAAAGGAUAUUGAGGCAAAGAAGGAGGCGCAGAAGGAGAAAGAGAUUGAUGAGCAGGAGGCCAAUGCCUCCACCAUGCAGCGCUGUCGCACCAUGCUGGACAAAGAUCUCAUCAACACUGGCAUCUACGAGUCCACUGGGAAACAGAGUCUUCCACUAGUCCAGCUCAUUCAGCAGCUGCUGAGAAACAUGGCGUCCCAGACCAUUGCCAGGCUGAAGGUCGUGACCCGGAGGAUCUCCAGCUGCAUGGAGGCGGAGCAGGUCAGCAAGGAACGCUCCGCCUCCCUGGACCUGCUGCUGCGCUUCCAGAGGCUGCUGGUCAGCAAGCUGUACCUGGGUGUCAACGGCACCGAGAACACCAACGCUUACAACCCAGAGCUGCUGGGGGUGGGGUCUCUUCUGAAGAAGUACAUAGCCCUGCUGUGUACACACAUUGGAGACAUCCUCCCUGUGGCUACCAGCAUCGCAUUCACUGGACACCGCCACUUUAACCAAGUGUCCCGUGUCAUAGAAGGAGACCUCACCGGUGUUCUCCUCCCUGAGCUGGUGGUGUCCAUCGUGCUGCUGCUCACCAUCGACGCCGGCCUGAUGCAGGAGACGGGCUCCAUCCCCCUGCUGGCUGGACUGCUGGAACACCUGGACCGCUUCAACCACCUGGCGCCGGGACAAGAGAGGGACGACAACGAAGACCUGGCCUGGCCUGGCAUCACGGGCUCGUUCUUCACAGGGCAGAACUCUAAGAGCAACGAGGAGGUGUCCCUGAUCCGGAAGGCCGACCUGGAGAACCACAACAAAGAUGGAGGCUUCUGGACCGUCAUCGAUGGGAAGGUGUACGACAUCAAAGACUUCCAGGCUCAGUCGCUCACUGGGAACAGCAUUCUGGCCCAGUUUGCUGGAGAGGACCCUGUCGUCGCGCUGGAAGCAGCCCUGCACUUUGAAGACACCAGGGAAUCCAUGCAGGCUUUCUGUGUGGGCCAGUACAUGGAGCCCAACCAGGAGAUGGUGACCACCCCAGACCUGAGCAGCCUGUCCUCCCCACUCAUUGAGACCGAGAGGAACCUGGGCCUCCUGCUGGGCCUCCACGCCUCCUAUCUGGCCAACAGCACACCCCUUUCCCCCAUAGAGAUUGAAUGUGCCAAAUGGCUCCAGUCGUCCAUCUUCCAGGGUGGCCUGCAGACCAGUCAGAUCCACUACAACUACAACGAGGAGAAGGACGAGGACCACUGCUCCUCCCCAGGAACCACUACCCCAGACAAGACCAAACGGCUGUACUCCCGCCGGCUCACCCUCAGCGACCACGCGCAGCCCUUCCUCCAGGCCAUCGCUGACAACAACACACAGGACCACACCGUCAAGGACUUCCUGUGCCAAAUGGAGCGGUGCUGUAAACAGUACCACCUCAUCACGCCCAUCACCUUCCCUCUGGAACACCCCGUGGAGGAAGUUGGACGCCUGCUGCUCUGCUGCCUGCUUAAGCACCAGGACCUUGGUCACGUGGCCCUCUCAUUGGUCAACCAAAGUGCCUUGUGCCUGGACCAAGGGAAGCAGAGGUCCCUCCCCAGAUCGGUGAUAGACGUGUGUCGCAUGGUGUACCAGGCUAAGUGCUCUUUAAUCAAGACUCACCAGGAACAAGGGCGUUCCUAUAAGGAAGUCUGUGCUCCUGUGAUCGAGCGCCUGCGCUUCCUGUUCAACGAGCUGCGUCCUGCCGUCAGCAAUGACCUGUCCAUUGUGUCCAAGUUGAAGCUGCUUAGCGUCCAGCCACGCUGGAAGAAGAUCACUCAGAAACUCAUCAGAGACCGCAGGAAAAUAAGAGUGCCUAAGAAGUCUGUGUCAGCUGACAUUGAGGAGCCCAAACUUGAGAAUGAGGGGACCAAUGGGGAGGAGCUCUGUGUGCCCAUAAGCCCCGCCCCUACUGACAGGAAAUCUCCCACAAACAAGCUGCCGAAGCAGCCAGAUCGGUGGCAACCUCUCCUGAACACCGUGGCCAACGUCCAGAAGUACAAGUGGCUGAAGCACAGCGUCCAGGGGGUCUUCUCCACCUCCAGCCUCAUGGGGACCAUCGUAGAGUUUGCUUUGAAGGAAGAGCCACUCGACGUGGAGAAGAUGAGGAAGUGUCUCCUCAAACAGCUGGAGCGGGCCGAGGUUCGUCUGGAGGGCAUUGACACCAUGCUGAAGCUGGCCUCUAAGAGCUUCCUGCUGCCCUCGGUUCAGUAUGCCAUGCUGUGUGGCUGGCAGAGGGUCGUCCCUGAAGGGGUCAACAUUGGGGAGCCCCUGUCGGACUGUCUAAAAGAUGUGGACCUGAUUCCUCCCUUCAACCGGAUGCUAUUAGAGGUGACCUUCGGGAAGCUGUACUCUUGGGCCAUCCAGAACAUCAGGAACAUACUGCUGGAAGCCAGCGGACGAUUCAAAGAGCUGGGAGUGCAGCCGGUUCCCCUCCAGACCAUCACCAAUGAGAACCCGGCCGGACCCAGUCUGGGCACCAUCCCCCAGGCUCGCUUCCUGCUGGCCAUGCUCCACAUGCUGUCCCUGAAGCACGGAGCCAACAGCUUGUCCCUGUUGCUCAACUCGGGGACUCUGGCCCUCACUCAGAGCGUCCUGCGACUCAUCGGCCCCAGUACAGACAGCAAUGAGGAGGAGCAGGUGUCGAGAGGUCACGGGGGGUCGGCGACGGUACUGGAGGAGAGCAGGAAGGAGGCGACCCCUGCCCCUCUGCCAGCCUCCGGACCGGAACUUGCCGCCAUGAUGAAGAUUGGCACCCGAGUGAUGAGAGGAUUGGACUGGAAGUGGGGAGAUCAGGACGGCCCUGCGCCGGGCCUGGGCCGGGUGAUCGGGGAGCUGGGUGAGGACGGCUGGAUCAGGGUCCAGUGGGACACCAGCAGUACCAACUCCUACAGGAUGGGCAAGGAGGGUAAAUACGACCUGAAGCUGGCCGAACCACCGCUAACCUCACAGCCCGUUACGGAAGAGUCCGACACAGAGGACGACACUGAAAGUGAGGUGCUUGAUAAGAGUGGCCACCCUACAGCCCUGAUGAUGACCACCACGGUGAACCUGCUGAAAAUGCUGUCUCUGUCGGCUGGGAUCAACUCUGAGGUGAUGCAGACGGACGCCACGCACACGCUCUGUGGCCUGCUCCGCAUGCUGGUGGAGAGCGGAGCCAGCGACAAGACAGGUUGUCUGUCUCACCGGCUGGUCAGCAGGGAGCAGCAUCGGAGCUGGUGCACCCUGGGCUUCAUCCGUAGCAUCGCCCUGCAGCCCCAGAUGUGCUCCACCCUCAGCACCUCCGCCUGGAUCGGCCUGCUGAUCCGCAUUGUCGAGGGCCACCAGUCCUUCAACGCCGUGACCCUGCAGAAACAGAUCCUGGCUCUGCGCCUGCUGCAGUCUGUGCUGCCCUCCUGGGACAGGAUGGAGAGGUCUCAGGACAUGAAGUUCCUUGUGGAAAAACUGUUUGGAUUCCUGGGGAGUCUUCUGAGCACCUGCUCCUCCGACCUCCCACUGCUCAAAGAGGGCUCUCUGAGACGCAGGAAGUCCCGCCCCCAGGCCUCCCUGACCGCCACUCACAGCAGCACUCUGGCGGAGGAAAUAGUUGCUGUGCUGCGCACGCUACACUCCCUGAGCCAAUGGAAUGGCCUGAUCAACGAAUACAUUAACUCUCAGCUCAGCUGUGUAGGAGAGGUGAUUGCUGGACGGCACUCCGAGACGACCCUCCUGGAGGAGUAUUUCCCUGACUCUGAGGGGUCCAGGGUGGGUAGCCUGAUGGCGGUGCUUGCUGUGAUCGGGGGCAUUGACGGACGUCUGCGGCUGGGGGGGCAGGUCCUCCACGAGGAGUACGGCGAGGGCACGGUCACGCGCAUCACACCUAAAGGACGAAUCACAGUCCAGUUCCACGACAUGAGGACCCGCCGGAUCUGUCUGCUUAGUCAGCUCAAACCGCUGCCGGUGGUGUCGUUCAGUGUCCAGAACCUUCCUUUCUCUGACUCCAUGCUGACCAUCUGGGCUCAGCUGGUCCACCUGGCCGGCAGCAAGCUGGAGAAACAGCGCAUGAAGAAGCCCCUCAGCCGCGGGCUCGCAGCUGACCAGGUGGACAUCUUCCUCCUGCGCUGCCAGCAGUUGAGACUCUACAUCCUGAAGGCGGCCAGAGCUCUUCUUUCUCACCAAGACAAACUGCGACAGAUUCUCUGUCAGGCUGCCGUGCUGGACCCCAUUCCCAACCCCAGUGAGGAGCCUGUGGCUGUCUCACCAGAUGUCGGGGAUCUUUCUCCAGAGGGUCCCCUGCCCCCCCUCAUUCUCCUGCAGCAGCUACUCUCUGCCGCCACACAGCCCUCUCCAAUUAAGGCCAUCUUCGACCGGCAAGAACUGGAGUCUGCAGCCUUGGCGGUGUGUCAGUUCCUGGCCAUCGAGUCCACCCACCCCUCCUCCCCCCUGUUGGAGAGCAGCAGCUCCAGCGAGGCCACCACCCCUGUCACGGUGCAGCAUGUCAGACCCCCCAAGCAGAAGAAGCAGAAGGCGUCUCCGGUGCCCCCACUUCCCAUCGUACUGCAGCUGAUGGAGAUGGGCUUCCAGAGGAGCAACAUCGAGCUGGCCCUCAAGUCCCUGUCCGGGACCACAGGCAAUGCCUCAGGACUACCAGGUGUGGAGUCCCUGGUGGCCUGGCUGCUGGACCACUCGGACGUCCAGGCGACAGAGGUGUCCGAUGCCGACACCGUGUCUGACGAGUACUCCGACGAGGAGGCGCUGGAGGAGCUUGAGGAGGAGCAGCCUCCCUCUGCCUCCACUGUGCCUCCCGGUGCUGUGGUGACAGAGACUCAGACCUUCAAGAAGAGAUCCGACUUCCAGAGCAACGAUGACUAUGCCGUCUACAUCCGAGAGAACAUUCAGGUGGGUAUGAUGGUGAAGUGCGGUAGAACGUAUGAGGAAGUAUACGAGGGCGACGUGGGGAAAGUCAUUAAACUGGACCGAGAUGGACUCCACGACCUCAACGUCCAGUGUGACUGGCAGCAGAAAGGUGGAACCUACUGGGUCCGCUACAUCCACACCGAGCUACUGGGCUUCCCACCACAGACCUCGCCCUCUCACAUCAAGAUAGGAGACAAAGUGAGAGUGAAGGCCACCAUCACUACACCAAAGUACAAAUGGGGCUCGGUCACACACAGGAGUGUGGGAGUGGUCAAGGCUUUCAGUGCCAAUGGGAAGGAUGUGAUCGUGGAUUUCCCUCAGCAGUCCCACUGGACCGGCCUGCUGUCCGAGAUGGAGCUGGUACCCAGCGUUCACCCAGGAGUCAGGUGCGACGGCUGUCAGAUGUUUCCUAUCAACGGCCCCAGGUUCAAAUGUAGGAACUGUGAAGACUUUGACUUCUGUGAGAACUGCUUCAAAACCCGCAAACACAACACUCGGCACUCCUUUGGUCGCAUCAAUGAACCAGGCCAGUCGCCGGCGUGCUGUGGACGCUCAGGGAAGCAGCUGAAGCGUCACCAUAGCAGCCAGAGAGGCAUGCUGGUAGACCAAUGGUCCAGGGCGGUCAAGAGCCUCAACGUGUCGUCCUCUGCCAACCAGGCGUCGCGCCUCAUCGACUUCAGCGAGCUCUGCUGGCAGUCUUCCGGAUCACAAGGAAAGCACUGGAUCCGCCUGGAGCUGUUCCCGGACGUUCUGGUACACCGGCUGAAGAUGAUGGUGGACCCCGCCGACAGCAGCUACAUGCCUUCCCUGGUGGUGGUCUCAGGUGGCAGUUCCCUGAACAACCUCAUCGAAUUGAAGACAAUCACAAUUAACCCAACUGACACAACUGUUCCUCUACUCAACGACUGCACUGAGUACCACAGGUACAUAGAGAUAGCCAUCAAGCAGUGUCGUAGCUCUGGCAUAGACUGUAAGAUCCACGGCCUUGGAAUAGUGGGCCGCAUCAGAGCAGACGAUGAAGACCUGGCUACUGUGCCCUUCCUGGCUUCAGACAAUGAGGAAGAAGAAGAUGAAAAGACUGCUACUGGGAGUCUGGCCCGUAAGAAGUCGUCCGGUCUGGACUCAGCAGCCAUUAUCAGGACCAAGGUGUUUGUCUGGGGUCUCAAUGACAAAGACCAGCUGGGGGGACUCAAGGGAUCCAAGAUCAAGGUGCCGUCCUUCUCUGAAACCCUCUCAGCCCUCAAUGUGGUGCAGGUGGCUGGUGGCUCGAAGAGUCUGUUUGCGGUCACGGCUGAAGGGAAGGUGUUUGCAUGUGGAGAGGCCACUAAUGGACGUCUGGGACUGGGUCUGUCCAGUGGGACCGUCCCCAUCCCCCGCCAGGUCACUGCUCUCAGUAACUAUGUAGUGAAGAAGGUUGCCGUGCAUUCUGGGGGACGUCACGCCAUGGCGCUCACUGUGGACGGGAAGGUGUUCUCCUGGGGAGAGGGGGACGAUGGGAAGCUGGGACACUUCAGCAGGAUGAACUGUGACAAGCCUCGUCUGAUCGAGGCCCUUAAGACCAAGCGUAUCCGGGACAUCGCCUGUGGAUCGUCUCACAGUGCUGCCAUCACCUCUAGUGGGGAGCUGUAUAGCUGGGGCCUGGGAGAGUACGGACGCCUGGGACAUGGAGACAACACCACCCAACUACGACCCAAACUGGUCAAAGUUCUUCUGGGACAUCGGGUGGUCCAGGUGGCUUGUGGAAGUAGGGAUGCUCAAACUCUAGCUCUGACUGAUGAAGGCCUGGUGUUCUCCUGGGGUGAUGGGGACUUUGGGAAGCUGGGUCGGGGAGGCAGCGAGGGCUGCAAUAUCCCUCAGAACAUUGAGCGCCUUAACGGACAGGGCGUUUGCCAGAUCGAGUGCGGAGCUCAGUUCUCCCUGGCUCUCACCAAGUCAGGAGUUGUCUGGACAUGGGGUAAAGGGGACUAUUUCCGUCUGGGCCACGGGACCGAUGUGCACGUUAGGAAGCCCCAGAUGGUGGAAGGCCUGAGGGGGAAGAAGAUAAUCCACGUGGCGGUGGGAGCCCUGCACUGCCUGGCCGUCACAGACAUUGGACAGGUGUUCGCGUGGGGAGAUAAUGACCAUGGCCAGCAGGGCAACGGGACCACCACGGUGAACAGAAAGCCUACUCUGGUACAGGGUCUGGAGGGACAGAAGAUAACCCGUGUUGCCUGUGGCUCCUCCCACAGUGUGGCCUGGACCACUGUAGAUGUCACCACGCCUUCCGUCCACGAACCCGUCCUGUUUCAGACCGCCAGGGACUCUCUAGGAGCCUCAUACCUCGGUGUGCAGUCUGACAGUGACUCCUCUGUGGUAAGCAAUAAGCUGAUUGGUCAGCACAGCGGUGUCAAAUCCAACCGUCCCUCUCUGGCCAAGAUACUGCUGUCACUGGAUGGGAACCUGGCCAAACAGCAGGCUCUCUCCCACAUCCUCUCAGCCUUGCAGAUCAUGUAUGCCAGGGAUGCUGUGGUUGGCGCCCUGAUGCCCGCAUGUAUGAUGAUCCCCAUGGAGUGCCCGCCUUCCAGCUCCCCGGUGCCCCCUUGUGACUCCUCCUCCGCGUCCAGCCCCUCUGAGUUCGAGGGGCCUCCUAUACCCAUCGUGGCAGAGGAGAGGGUCAGCCCAAAUCCCUGGCAGCCAGACAAGAAGGGGGAGGUGACUUCCUCCGAGGACGCGGUCACUCCGUCAUCGGCCGUGACCCCAUCUACCGCCGCCUCCUCCCGACCUUUCAUCCCUGUAACGGACGACCCCGGGGCCGCCAGCAUCAUUGCUGAGACCAUGACCAAAACUAAAGAGGACUCUGAGUCUCAGAACAAGACUGUGGGACCAGAACCUCAGUAUCUGGAUGAGUUCACCAGCCUACUGGUGCCUGAUGACACGCGGGUGAUGGUGGACCUGCUGAAGUUGGGCGUGUCCCUCCGCUCUGGAGAGAAGGGCAAGGAGGUGCUGUCCGCUGUCCUUUCUGGGAUGGGGACCGCCUACCCACAGGUAGCGGACAUGCUCUUGGAGCUGUGUGUGACUGAAUUGGAGGACGUGGCGACGGACUCGCGGAGCGGCCGCCUGUCCUCCCAGCCGGUGGUGGUGGAGAGCAGCCAUCCGUAUACCGACGACACCUCCACCAGUGGCACCGUCAAGAUCCCGGGAGCCGAGGGUCUGCGGGUGGAAUUUGACCGUCAGUGUUCAACAGAGAGACGUCACGACCCCCUCACGAUCAUGGACGGAGCCAAUAGGAUCGUCUCUGUGCGAUCAGGUCGAGAGUGGUCGGACUGGUCCAGCGAGUUGAGGAUCCCGGGCGACGAGCUCAAGUGGAAGUUCAUCAGUGACGGGUCUGUCAACGGAUGGGGCUGGCGCUUCACUGUCUACCCAAUCAUGCCUGCUGCAGGACCUAAAGACCUGUUGUCGGACCGCUGCAUCCUGUCCUGCCCAUCCAUGGACCUGGUCACCUGCCUGUUGGACUUCAGGCUCAAUUUUGCCUCCAACAGAAGCAUCGUUCCCCGGCUGGCGGCCUCCCUGGCUGCCUGCGCGCAGCUGAGCGCACUGGCGGCAGGACAUCGGAUGUGGGCCCUCCAGAGGCUGCGCAAGCUACUUACCACUGAGUUUGGCCAGUCCAUUAACAUCAACAGACUGUUGGGGGACAGUGAGGGAGAGGUUCGCUCCAUGAGUUUUACAGGCAGUGCGCUGUCCGCCCUGGUCAAGGGUCUUCCCGAGGCGCUCCAGAGACAGUAUGAAUACGAGGACCCCAUCGUCAGGGGAGGGAAGCAGCUUCUCCACAGCCCCUUCUUCAAGGUACUGGUGGCUCUUGCCUGUGACCUGGAGUUGGACACCCUACCCUGCUGUGCAGAGACCCACAAGUGGGCGUGGUUUCGCCGGUACUGUACCGCCUCCAGAGUGGCUGUUGCUCUGGAUAAGAGAACCCCACAGCCACGCCCCUUCCUGGACGAGGUGACCAAGAGGAUCCGUGAGCUGAUGGCCGACUGUGAAUCCAUGAACACCCUCCAUGAGAGCCACGAGCUGUUUAAGAGAGAGCAGGACGAACAACUGGUCCAGUGGAUGAACCGGAGGCCGGACGACUGGACGCUGUCUGCUGGGGGCUCGGGAACCAUCUACGGCUGGGGUCACAACCAUCGGGGUCAGCUGGGGGGCAUCGAGGGAGCAAAGGUGAAAGUGCCAACACCCACCGAAGCCCUGGCAACCCUCAGGCCUGUUCAGCUGAUUGGAGGGGAGCAGACCCUGUUUGCUGUCACAGCUGAUGGAAAGCUUUAUGCCACAGGCUAUGGUGCGGGGGGGCGGCUGGGCAUUGGAGGGGCGGAGUCUGUGUCCACCCCCACCCUGUUGGAGUCCAUCCAGCAUGUGUUCAUCAAGAAGGUAGCGGUGAACAGCGGAGGGAAGCACUGUCUGGCGCUCAGCUCUGAAGGGGAGGUCUACUCCUGGGGAGAAGCCGAGGAUGGGAAACUGGGACAUGGCAACCGGAGUCCGUGCGAUCGUCCCCGUGUUAUUGAAUCUCUGCGGGGGGUGGAGGUGGUGGAUGUAGCAGCGGGAGGGGCCCACAGUGCCUGCAUCACAGCCAGCGGAGACCUCUACACCUGGGGGAAGGGCCGCUACGGACGGCUGGGGCACGGAGACUCAGAGGACCAACUCAAACCUAAACUGGUGGAUGUUCUGCAGGGUCACAGGGUCAUCGACGUGGCGUGUGGCAGCGGUGACGCCCAGACUCUGUGUCUGACCGAUGACGACAUGCUCUGGUCCUGGGGGGACGGGGACUACGGCAAGCUGGGACGCGGGGGCAGCGACGGCUGCAAGGUCCCCAUGAAGAUCGACUCUCUGACGGGGCUCGGGGUGAUGAAGGUGGAGUGUGGCUCUCAGUUCUCUGUGGCCCUCACCAAGUCUGGAGCCGUUUACACCUGGGGUAAAGGUGACUAUCAUCGUCUGGGCCACGGCUCCGACGACCACGUCCGGCGACCCAGACAGGUCCAGGGCCUGCAGGGGAAGAAGGUCAUUGCCAUAGCAACGGGGUCGCUCCACUGUGUGUGCUGCACUGAGGAUGAAGUGUACACGUGGGGCGACAAUGAUGAGGGUCAGCUGGGCGACGGGACCACUAACGCCAUCCAGAGGCCGAGGCUGGUCGCUGCACUACAGGGCAAGAAGAUCAACCGGGUGGCCUGUGGCUCCGCCCACACCCUGGCCUGGUCCACCUCCAAGCCGACCAAUGCCGGGAAGCUACCUGCCCAGGUGCCCAUGGAGUACAACCAUCUCCAGGAGAUCCCCAUCAUGUCCCUGAGGAACAGGCUGAUGCUGCUGCACCACAUCUCGGAGAUCCUCUGUCCCUGCAUUCCCAUGUUUGACCUGGAAGGCCGGCUGGGCCAGACGACUCACGGCCCUGCCCUGGGCUUCAACACCCUACGGGGAAUACUAAUCUCCCAGGGCAAGGAAGCAGCGUUCCGUAAGGUGGUCCAAGCCACCAUGGUGAGGGACAGACAGCACGGACCAGUGGUGGAACUCAACAGGAUACAGGUGAAGCGAUCUCGUAGCAAAGGAGGUCUUGCAGGUCCAGACGGUACAAAGUCAGUGUUUGGUCAGAUGUGUGCCAAGAUGUCCUCCUUCAGUCCAGACAGUCUGCUGUUGCCUCACCGCGUCUGGAAGGUCAAGUUUGUAGGUGAGUCCGUGGAUGACUGUGGCGGGGGGUACAGUGAGUCUAUAGCAGAGAUGUGUGAGGAGCUCCAGAACGGCCUGACCCCUCUCCUCAUCGUCACCCCUAACGGACGAGACGAGUCUGGGGCCAACAGAGACUGUUUCCUGCUCAACCCUGCGGCCAAGUCAGCCCUGCACAUGAACAUGUUCAGGUUCCUAGGAGUCCUCCUGGGCAUAGCCAUCCGGACCGGUUCUCCCCUCAGUCUCAACCUGGCUGAACCAGUCUGGAAACAGCUGGCUGGGAUGAACCUGACCAUCGCUGACCUCAGUGAGGUGGAUAAAGAUUUCAUCCCCGGCCUCAUGUACAUCAGAGACAACGAGGCCACAGCUGAUGAGUUUGAAGCCAUGACACUUCCGUUUACAGUACCCAAUGCCAGCGGACAGGACAUCCAGCUGUCUUCGAAAUACUCCCACAUCACUCUGGAGAACCGGGCCGAGUAUGUCCGCCUUGCUAUCAACUACCGGCUCCAUGAGUUUGACGAACAAGUGUUGGCUGUGAGAGAGGGGAUGGCUCGUGUCGUUCCUGUCCCUCUACUCUCCCUCUUUACAGGAUACGAACUGGAGACCAUGGUGUGUGGCAGUCCAGACAUCCCCCUCCACCUGCUCAAGUCUGUAGCCACCUACAAAGGCGUGGAGCCCACAGCUCCUCUGAUCCACUGGUUCUGGGAGGUCAUGGAGUCCUUCAGCAACACAGAGAGGUCUCUCUUCCUGCGCUUUGUCUGGGGACGGACACGCCUUCCACGCACCAUUGCCGACUUCAGAGGGAGGGACUUUGUUGUCCAGGUUCUGGAUAAGUACAACCCGGCGGACCACUUCCUUCCUGAGUCGUACACCUGCUUCUUCCUCCUCAAGCUCCCCAGGUACUCCUGUAAGCAGGUUCUGGAAGAGAAGCUCAAGUACGCCAUCCACUUCUGCAAGAGCAUCGACACCGACGACUAUGCUCGCAUCGCUCUGACUGGGGAACCGGCCGCCGACGAUAGCUCAGAGGACUCUGACAACGAAGAUGCUGACUCCUUUGCCUCCGACUCCACACAGGACUACCUGACAGGGCACUGACCCCUGACCGCUUACCACUAAACCACCUCAUCUGACUCAUUAAAAAGGAAUGCCUGGACAGGUCAUUGACCUCACCCAAACCCUGACCUUUGCAGAAGGAUGGGAAGGAAUGGUCCAAAAUGAGGAACUUACUUGCCAAGUAAAGACUGAAUCAGUGACAUGACAGUGUUCAUGAAUCACCUGUUAAUACAUCUAUGAAGACAUUCUACUAAGACUAAACGUUAUUUAAGAAAAAUAAUAAAAUGUGUAAUGUGCAAUUAGCUUUAAGAGCACUAUAAUAAGCUGGAGAAGAAACAUAUAUGAACAGUAGGGUCUCAUUUAGUGUCUAUCUUUCUAUGGGGGACUUCUGUUCCUGAAAGAGGUCCCCAGGAGAACAGGGGGCCACUUCCAACACAGAUUCAAAUCAGGAGAUGAGAAGCCGCACAUCAAGUUAAUGUUUUGCUUCCGAGCUUCAUUGUACAUUACAGCUUUGCAACAGGGUGUUCUAGCUACAGAAAUAUAAUCUAGAGAAUGGGCCUCCCCACUGAAAGUAAUGAUGGCAUUUGACCGACAGCCCAUUCUUUACGUUCUAUUUCUGUUUGUUUGUUGUUCUUCACUCAGCACUGUGCUAGACCUGUAACCACAUAACUGACUGUACUGUAUGGCCGUAGUACUGUAUUGGAAAUGAUGUGACAAGACGAGUGACGUUUAUUGUUAUUUGUUAGGAAAAUAGACGUUUCUUUACAAUACAAGAUUAUAAUUUUUUUUUAACUUUAGAUUGUCAGUUUCUCACUUGACGUGUCAGAGGAGGCGAAGAGAGCCCGAUUGGGGUGGGGAUUUUGGUCGACCAUCCCUCCACCGUGCACUAUAUCACAGGUCGCCGGUCAGAAGAAGUGACACAUAUAUAGGGAAUAGUGUGUAGUUUGGGAUGCAUUUCCUGACUGUGUCCUGUCCCCCCAUGCUGUGUAUGCACUGUCCUCCUUUUGGAAUGUAUAUAAUAUUAAUGUGCCAUGUACUAAAAAAGUCUCAUUCCCACAUAAUAAAUGUUAAUGAAUUCUGUUAAUACAUUUAAAUUAAAACGACCCAAGCUCGAA